AUGAAAGCGCAACCGAUGAAGAAAAAUAACAGCAUGAGUUCUUCUUCUGAAAGUCAAUCUGAAAGUGGAGAGCGCAGCAAGAAUGCUCAAGAUUCCCAUCAGGAGGGUGUCGACCAGACCGCCUUGAAAGGCGCAUUCGAUGUAAUCACUGUACAUGGCCUUCACGGCGAUAGCCAGAGUACCUGGGAGGCUCGAGAUCCAGAAAAGAGAGGCAAAUUGGAUGGCAUCCCCACGCUCGAAUCCGAUCCCGAGUGCCGCGUUCUACACUACGGCUACAAUCGGUCUGGGGCAUUCUCCGGAAGUGAUAUCAUUCUGGAAGCCUCGAAGUUGCUGCGUUACAUCUCAAAUGCAAGGCGUUACCUGGAGCCGAUUUUCUUCGGUUACCCUCAUCGAUGCCGAAAUAUCCAGCAAAUGGUCGAUGCGGUCGCUCGAGAUGUCCUGCUCGAGUCGGACUUUGCUUCGCUGAGCAUGUCAUUUUUUCAAAUAAUCGACCUUGCUCAGACCAUCAUCGACUGCAAUGACUUGUUUGUAGAAGCCAAAUUCAUGCUACGGGCGAACUUUGUCAACAUCUACUCUAGCAAGGCGAACCCUGGUGAAUACAUUUUUGACGAAUGGAUGGCGACAACAGGCUUGCCGCCUCAGAGUAUGCGAUGGAAGACGACCGAAAUCGAGAUCUGA